AUGUAUUGGAUAUACGGAGGGAGUCUUAUCAGUGGCACAAUAUUUGUGCCCUUCUAUAACGCCAGUGUUUUGGCCACUAAUGAUGUCGUACUCGUGGCCACAAACUAUAGAUUAGGAUCUUUAGGAUUCAUGUUUGGGGGACGGGAGGACGCGCCCGGAAAUGUGGGAUUUUAUGACCAGUUAUUGGCUCUUAAAUGGGUGAGAGAUAACAUACAUUUAUUUGGUGGGGAUAGGGAUCAGAUCACUAUAUUUGGUCAGAGCGCCGGCAGUUGGUCGGUGCUAUUCAAGAGGGCUAUUAUGGAGAGCGGGGCCCAUAUGUAUAAUAAGGACAGGGAUGUGAUCAGUAAACCGGAGGCCUUAGCGAGUGCCCAGAAAUUGGCGGAACAACUGAAAUGCAAUACAACUGAGCAAUAG